AUGAAUUGCAAGCAGUCACCUUGUACAGCCUGUGUACGCAGUCUGAUGGUAGAUCAAGGUUUAAAUAUGAAAUUAAAAGAUAUGCAAGCCAAACACUAUCUAAAAUGGAGUAUAUUGAAUUUAUUAUUAUUGGCUAUACUUAAAUUGGAUUAUAGCAUGAAAUGUACAUGUGCGCAGUCGUAUUGGUUUAAAUUAGAAUAUGGAAUUAUAGUAAUAGUGGGCCUUAACACAAUCGCAUGCAUGACUAAAUAUUUGUAUUACAUUUAUAAAAGAGAGCCCAUACAGUGCACAAUAGAGCAGAAAAACUUGCUAGAAAUUGAUGAUAACGAGAACUUGUUCAUUAUAGCAAAGCCAAAACACAAAAGAGCAAUGGCGUCUUGCGAAAAAAUCCAAAUUGAAAGUAUAAUUGAUAAGGGACAUCCAUUACUUAAUAUCGCUCGCACUCGUGCUUCAACUAUUUCGACAAUACCUCGCUUACACUCACUGCGAACUGGAAUUGUUCAGCAAAGCCAGCAGCAGUCACAACAAUCGCGAAAUAAACCGAACUCGAGAAUAAUGUACAGUCCACACUCAGUCAAUGUUGCCAAGCAAGAAGCAUCAUAUUCUCGUAAUUUAAUUCGUGAAAAAGACGAAAUUAAUAACGAAGCAAGUUUAACAGAAUAUUUGAAAAAAAUCUCAGUCAAAGAGAAGGACAAAGAUAUCGACAAUCUUAGCGUGCCUGCUAAUCGUAGAUGUUUGAAUUCUUUUUGGCGUUAUGGCAACGCGACGAGUGAAUAUAAAAACGUAUAUCAGCUAGCGCCAACAGACGCUUUUAUGAAUAGCAAUGAACGAAUUCGUCAAGAGAAUAUUGAUCUUUAUAUGCAGGAAAGAAAUUGUACGGUCAUAAUGCGGAUACCAUCGGAAAAACUUUCACGAUAUGUUUAUAAUUUAAGAACUUGGAUAUCUCUCACGAUUUUACAACGUUUAGCAGAAGAAAUCCAUAAGAUAGACGAAUCGUUUAAAUGCCAUGAUCUUAAUAUGCAAAUUGGUUCAAUCGAUUUGAAGGGAUUAAAAAAGACGUUAAACAAUAAAUUGUUUAUUAAUACCCGAGCACCCAUGUUACCCUUGGUUAUAAAAUUUUUAGAUAUAACGGACAAUCAAAUAUAUUUAGUGCAACGCAUUAAAGAUUUCGCUGAUGGAUGGUGUAUAGCAGAUUAUAAUUGGGAUACCGGAUCCGAUCAUUUAUAUUUUAAAUGGAACGAUCAAUUGCCAACCGAUGCUGCGAUUAUAUUUCAUUUCUUUUGCGUUUAUUUCGAUACGCAAUUAUUGCCGUUACCGCAUAAAGCGAAUCGUCCUUUCUAUAGUCGUUACGUAAUUAUAGCUGAACAUAAUCGUUGUCCUCUUGACACUGUGGCUAUGGUAAAUAAUCGAGCCGGGUGUGCCAUACUAUGCACUGAUCCACUUAAGCCGAAAUUCAAUUUUAUAAGUCACGGUGAAAUUCAUAAUUGCGCCUAUGAUCGUAAUAAUCUCUUUUAUGUUAUUAUACAUUUCUUAUUGUACAUGCGGAAGUAUCGAGAUAACUUUCUCGAAGGUACUAGCCUAGGUGUCAACGGCAUCAAUAUCAUGCACGUUAUUGGCGAUUGA